GUCUGUAGUGGCUAAUCAGUAAUCAGUAAUCACUAUUCACUUAAAGUAUUCAAUACUCUUUUGAAUUACCAACGAGACUACAAAGUACAAAUGUGCCAAACUUAAAUUUUUUUUCAUACUGUCUGUGAUAAAUCAUUGCAAUGCACAAAACGGAAGUCGACAUUCCACCUACCGUUCGAAAACGUCUAAUUCAUCUCUUCGGACUUAUCGAAAAGGAAUUUGAGACUGUGUGCCAAGAAAAUAUUGUUCUGCAGGAAAAAGUUGAGUCACUCACUGAGAAAGUUAACGAAAAGUACUUGACGACUGAACAAUUUCAAGUAAAUUCGAAACAAAAACCGCCGACUGGUCAAAAACUUAAAACUGCAGAAAAAUUAAAAGCACAAACUAGUAAAAUUGUAUCUAGCUUUAAAAGUCCUUCAGCAGCUAAUUGUCAGUUUGUAAAAGAAUAUGGCGGACACAGAGAUGGCUUGUGGGAUUUAGCGUUACCUCAUACUGGACAGCCCGUCAUUGGUACCUGUUCAGCAGAUCAUACCGCAAGAAUAUGGUGUAUUGAAACUGGUACACCACUUUUACAAUACACUGGCCAUAUGGGAUCUAUUAAUUCUAUAAAAUUCCAUCCCAGUAAAGAUUUAGCUCUCACAUCAAGCGGUGAUCAAACUAUUCACAUUUGGCAGGCAGCCGUUAAUCUAGAUAACUUAAGGGAUCGGGAAUCUGAUGACACUGAGACUGAAGAUGACCGAGUUGUUCCAAUAUUACGCACACCGUCGUGUACAUUUUUGGGACAUAAUGGGCCAGUUAUGGCUAGUGAUUGGUUACUGGGCGGUGAUCAAAUUAUUACUGCAUCAUGGGAUAGAACUGCUAAUUUGUAUGAUGUUGAAACCAGUGAACUGUUAAACUCACUAACUGGACAUGAUGAAGAAUUAACUUAUGCUUCUUCACAUCAUUCCCAGAAGUUGGUUGUCACUGCUUCUAGAGACACUACAUUUAGAUUGUGGGAUUUUCGAGAAGCUAUAAACUCAGUUUCAGUUUUUCAAGGUCAUACAGAUACAGUGACUUGUGCAGUUUUCACAUCUGCUGGACCUGGCGGAGAAGAUAAAUUAGUAUCAGGAUCGGAUGAUCGGUCCAUAAAAGUUUGGGAAUUGCGUAAUAUGCGCUCUCCAAUUACUACUAUCAGAGCUGAAUCUGGUGUAAAUCGCUUUGCUAUUGCUUCUAAUGGUGUUAUCGCUAUUCCUCAUGACAAUCGACAAGUUAUGUUGUACGACAUGACUGGACAACGAGUUAACAGAAUACCCAGAACAGCUAGAAAUAGACAUAGACGUAUGGUAACGGCUGUUGCGUGGAGUGAAGAUAAUCCAUUUGCUAAUUUAUUUUCUUGCGGAUUUGAUCGAUUAGCACUUGGGUGGUCUGUUCAGUUAUGUAAGGACUGAUCCUUAUUAUUAUAUCAAGUUCAAGUAUGUUAAGUAAUGGCUUGUCAUAUUUUUAUAAAUAACAUUUUUACUUCUUGUUCUGUUUCCUGGUUUGUAUGUGUAUGUGUGUAAAUCCUAAUUUCUUUCUGUAAAUUUCUCAAAAUCUAUUAAGUUACAUUUUUAAAUAUAUUUUGUAUUAACAUUGUUACAAUUUGUUUUUUGCGUCCUUUUUUGUUAUUUUUUUUUGUUGAUAGCCUAAUAGUAUAAAUUAGUAUUUAUUAGAAUAUUUAAUAAGAAGUCAUAUUAUAUUUUAAAUUUUUAUUAAAAUAUUUAUUUAAUUUAAGUCUUUCAAAUAUCAUUAUACUAUUAUAGUCAUGAGGAAUGUAAUCUAUGAAAUUCAAUGUGAUUCAGCAUGAACAAAAGAAAAAAUAGUCUGAUAGAAGUAACAAAUUACAAAUAAAUAUUAUACUUAUAUUAUAUUUAAUAUUUUACUCCAAUACUUAAUAAUCUAUUAUUUAUAAGAAAUUAUACUGUCAUUACAGAAAAUGUAUUUUUAAGAGCAACUUCUAAUUCAAUUAUAUGAUAAUGUCAAAACUUAUAAUUUGUUGUAUAAUGACAAUUUCAUACGAUAUUUAAUAUGUAAAUUAGAAUUUAAUUUCUUCCUUUGUUUGCA